AUGCCCGGCGUGCAGAAUGAGUUAAAUCGAGCAACCAGUGUAAAGAGGCCGUCCCUAGGUCCGGUCCCUCCCCCCAGGAAGAAGUCCAGCCCCAAGUCGGAGCUCACCAAGGAGCUGAAACAGGAGAUCAGAGAGGCCUUUGAACUUUUCGACACCGACGCCUCCGGACACAUUGAAGUCAAGGAGCUAAAGGUUGCUAUGAGGGCGCUGGGGUUCGAGCCGAAGAAAGAGGAGAUUAAGAGGAUGAUAGCAGAGAAGGAUUCUAAGGAGGAGAUCCUGAAAGCAUUCCGACUGUUUGAUGAUGAUGAGACGGGGAAGAUCUCCUUCAGGAACCUGAAGAGGGUCGCCAAAGAACUAGGAGAGAACCUGACUGCCGAGGAACUGCAGGUGAGACAUAAGGAGAUGAUCGAGGAGGCAGACAGGGAUGGAGACGGCGAGGUGAACCAGGGAGAGUUCCUCCGCAUCAUGAAGAAGACCAGCCUGUACUGA